AUGGUGUUCAAAACGAAGGUUCAGAACGAACGACUUCCGAAUCAGUCAUUCUACUAUGAUAUCCUUUUUCGAGAAGCGAAUUCCCUCAAUCUCACUAGCCCAUCAAUUCACGAUGAGUCUAAGUUGGUAGUGAUUGUGUGCACGGCUCUUCGGAAUGCUCAAAUACGGGAUACGAUUCGCAGGACUUGGGCCAAUCCACAACUUUCGAAAGCCGUUAAUAGCAGGUUCAUUUCUGUUGUGUUCUUAGUUGGUACUGAGAAAGUGACCGACGUCGUCUGGAAGGAACUGAAGACGUUCAGCGACAUUCUGCAAGUGGACGUGCAGGAAUCGUACGCAAAUCUUGUCUACAAGCUGCUCGCAGGAUAUCGAUGGAUCCGAGACAAUCAUCCGAGCAAAUUUGUACUGAAAAUGGAUUCAGAUGUAGUGAUACUACUGGAUAGGGUAGAAUCGAUCAUCGGCGAUUCUAAGAGUAAGACUUUGAGAUGCUAUUCACACAAGAACGCUAUACCAAUUCGAAAAGCCUCCAAUCCUUGGUACAUUCCUGAGUCGGUCUAUCCUGAGAACUAUUUGCCUGCUUACUGCAGUGGUCCAGCAUAUCUCAUGACUCCCGCUGCUCUGACUGCUAUCCUUCAAGUCGCUCCUGAAGAAAAGGUGUUUGAAGUUGAAGACGCAUUCUUCACAGGUGUGCUAGCUAAUAAAGCAGGAGUAGAAGUAAAAUCACACCGCGGUUUUUGGUCUGCGGAGAAAUUAUCGCAACCGUGUAUAAAUAACCGUGGCACAGUGAUCUCUUAUCCCCUCCAUUCGGCUAGUCCCACAAGAUUGGCUGAAGGAUGGGACCACCUGAGAUAUCUACGAUGUCGAUGGCCAAUUGAGCAUCUGUUAUUAAAGAUUUUUUACAACGAUUAG